CAGUGUCGCGUGGUCUAUCACUAUUAGGACAUUACUUGAUUGUAUGUAAAAAGUUAAAGAUUUCAUCUUUUCUCGGGUUUAUAAUCGAAUCACUGGAUUAUAUUCAUGAUUAAUAUUUACAAAUACAAAACCUUUUAGUUUUUUUUCAAUAUUUGAAAACGUAUAUAAGCGAAGAAAGAAGGAUUGUUUAAUAUAAUAGAAAUGGCAAAUGUAAUACCGAUUGUCGUUUCCCUUACUGGGAGCAUUUUGGUCCACCUUGUGUUGGGUAGCUACUAUAUUUUUGGCAACGUAUCCCCGUACAUGAUCUCCUAUCUCAAGAACAGGACCUCUGAGACGACGCUUCGAAAUGAGGACAACAUCUGGAUCGCUAACUCUGCCAUAGUGCUGUCACCCAUAGCUACCAGCCUUGGUGGAAUCUUAGCCGCACGUUUUGGUAUUCGAAUCACGUGCGCCAUCGGCUGCUCUAUUCUGUGUGCAGGUGUUGCGCUUACGUACUUCACGUUGAAAGUGUCUUUGGUUUGGGUGUCCAUAACAUAUGGUCUGGUAAACAGCUUCGGCAACUUUAUUGCCUACGGUCCACCAGCACAAAACGCCGUUGGGUGGAUCCCCAAGCGGCCCACGUUUGCGGUGGGUCUGAUAGUAUGCGGGUUUGGGGGCGGGGCUUUCAUCUUUAACCAGGUCGUCACCGCCUUUAUCAACCCCGACAACAUCUCACCUGACCUCGUGGACAAAAAUGGCGACAGGUAUUUUACCAACAAAGAAUUACUGGACCGGGUUCCCUAUGCAUUCCUGUUACUUGCCGGAAUAUACGCCGUCAUGUGCAUCGUUGGUGUUAUCAUGAUCAUACCCGCUCCCAUUCCAGGACAGAGAGACACUUGUUGUAUGCAACAGAUUGGAACUGUUGAUAUAGAAAAUAUUCAACAAAGUGGUUCUACACCAAAACAAAAGGAGCCGUUCAAAACUGUUCUCAUACGGAUCAUGAAGAGCAAGAACGCCUGGAUCUGGGUCACCAUCAUGUUUUUCAUGUUCAGCGGCAUGCAGUUUGCUAACAGCUUGUAUAAGGAUUAUGGACAGACGUUCAUUUACGACGACCAUUUCCUGGCACUUGUCGGCGCCAUUGCAUCCAUUUUCAACUGCGUCUUUCGGCCCAUCUGGGGUCUCGUCAUGGACAAAUAUGGAUUUGAAUCCGCAGUGAAGAUACUGUGCACACUGUGUACCGUUCUGUCCUGCACCCUGAUGUAUACGGAAAAGAUGAACAAAGUGUUCUUCCUUCUGUGGAUUGGUGGGAUUUAUGGAAGUAAUUGUGGUCUAUGGGCGAUGGGCCCGUCCGUGAUGGGCAAGCUGUUCGGCGUAGAAAACAUCUCCGUGGCAACUGGCUUUCAAUUCAUUGGUGUCGCAAUCGGCACGAUUGCUGGUGGCUUCCUUGGUCUUGACUUACAGGCAACCAUCGGGUGGCAUUGGUUAUUUAUUGUUGCAGGUUUUCUUGGGGCGUCAGGUUUCUUAGUAUCGUUUUUCUUCGACGGCAGGGACCUCACAAACAAACCGAUCUAAUUUUGAGGAGAAAAAUCUCAUACGAAAGGGUGCAAAAAACUCCAUUACUUUGAAAUGCGUUCUGAUUUAUUUGCUGUCCAAAUACAUAAUAUUUAUUAUAAUAUGUUUGCCAUCUAUCCGCAGUACCUUUUUAACUUUAU